AUGGCAGAGUCGCUACUUCAGCCAGUUGGCAGUCUGUCGCCAGCCGAGGCUCUCAAACUGGCCCAACAAGCCCCUGAGAUCUUGCGAAAGAACCCGAAAGCCUUCUCAGCAUCACCUUUGUCCUCCCUCUUCUCUACUCGAGAGACGGCCGAUACUUGGACGAUAUACGAGAACCUAAUGAUCGCAUGUCUUCAAACCGGUGACGAUGAAGCCGCCAACGAAUGCCUUGAAAGAAUAGUCAAUCGGUUUGGUGAUUCGCAUGAUAGGGUUUUGGCGUUGAAGGGAUUGGUCAAAGAGGCGACGGCGUCCAACAACUCGGAGCUGGAGAAGAUAUUAGAGGAAUAUGAAGCUCUGUUGCAACAAAAUGAUGCCAGUAUUCCCAUCCGGAAGCGCAAAGUAGCCCUCCUCCGAUCCAUGGGCAAGCUUCCUGAAGCUGUCACGGCGCUAAACUCCUUGCUUGACGUCUGUCCCACCGAUCCCGAGGCUUGGGCCGAGCUGGCCGACAUGUAUGUUACCCAGGGGCUGUAUUCUCAGGCCGUUUACGCAUUGGAAGAGGUUCUUGUACUGUCGCCCAAUGCCUGGAACAUUCACGCUCGACUCGGCGAAGUAUCGUUCAUGGCUGCCUCAACGGCAUCGGAGGGGGGGUCACAAAAACACUACGCAGAGGCUGUAAAGCGAUUCUGUCGCAGCAUAGAGCUUUGUGAUGACUAUUUGCGCGGCUAUUACGGCCUCAAGCUUGUUACGGAUAAACUUGUACAAAACACGCCCAAGUCCAAAAAGGACUCGGAGGGAUUCCAGCUACCUGACCAAGCAACCAUUGAGAAACUGAAUGAAACAGCUACCAAGAAAUUGGGAGAAAUUGUGCGCCGUAAUGGAGCCAAGGACAAGCUGUGGCAAGGUUACGACGCCAGAGAGAUUGCUGCAGCUCGAGAACUUUUAGACAGCUCAUCUGCCAGAGUGGUUCGGUAA